AUGGAGCUGUGGGACAGGGUCCUUCCAGAGAAAGAGCUGGAGCAGCUUGCUUUGUCAGAGAUGCCACGGCAGACUCAGGGAGAGCUGUUCCCAGCCCAAGAGCAGGAAGAGCAGCUCAGGCAGCAGGUGGAAGAGUCACAGGAGAAUGGCCAGAACAUCAAGGCAGAGUCACAAGCAGAGCUGCCCAGGGCUCAGAGUACCAUUGUGGAAGUGAAGAAGGGGAACAAGGAAGACAUGAGAAGAAUUCAAGAGGAGAUCAAUCUCCAUCAGCAGAGGGCCGAUCAACAAAACCAGGUGAGUGAAAGAGUGGCAGCCACUCCACUCAUGAAAGAUCCUCUCUCUUGUAUUUUACAGAACUUGAAGGAACAGCUGGACACGGAGUUACAGAAAGUUCACACUAAGAUGAAGGCAAAGGAGAAGAGGCAGGAGGAAGAAAUUAAAAUCAUCAGAGAAAAACUUGAUCCCCUCCCUCAGGCUCUACAAGAGCAAGUGAAAGUGUUGACAUCUCACCGGGCAGCCUACAAAGACUUCCAGAAAAUGGGUGGCAAUGAAGAGCCCCAGGUUUGGCGUGAGGUACAGGAACUCUCCCCACCAAAGGUGCUACAAGUUGAGCACAACCUGAAGAUGGUGCAGGAAAAGAGGACACGGUGGGAGGAGGCAGAACAUUUGAACAAGGAGCUGAAAAUCUACAAGGGCUUUGUCAAACCUGCUGUAGGAGCAACAUUGUCGAAAGGAGCCUUUGCUCCCCAACCUGAGAAGUGGAACCGGGGCUGUUUGCUCAUCUCCAGCACUGCUCAGCAACAGAACAAGGAUGACUCCCUGGAGCAACUGAGGAAAAUAGUGAACAUGGAAAAUCCUGUGGGGAAAUAUUCUGAACUGGAAUAUAUUGGCAGCGGGACUUUUGGAUUUGUGGUUAAAGCACUCAACAAAGCCACAAGAGUAGAGGUGGCCAUAAAGAAAAUAAAUCUCCAAGGACCGAGGAAGAAGGAACUAAAAGUCAAUGAACUAAUGGUUCUGAAGAUAAAUAAGAAUCCCAACAUCGUCAACUAUUUAGACAGCUACCUUGUGGAUAAUCAGUUCUGGCUGGUUAUGGAGUUCAUGGAUGGAGGCACUCUGAGUGAUGUCAUCAGCAAGACCUACCUGUCUGAAGAGGAGAUAGCAGCCAUCAGUCGGGAGUGCCUGCAAGGACUGGAUUUUCUUCACUUGAACCACGUGAUCUACAGAGAUGUGAAGAGCAACAACAUCCUUCUCAGAACCGACGGCUCUGUCAAGCUGGCUGACUUUGGUCUCUUUGCUCAGCUCACCCCUGAGCAGAGUAGACGGAGCUCAGUGGCCAGCACUUCUGGCUGGAUGGCGCCUGAAGUGCUGACAGGUCAACCAUACGGUCCCAAAGUGGACAUAUGGUCUUUUGGAAUCGUGGGCAUCGAAAUGGUGGAGCGAGAAGUUCCUCACAGGAAUGAAACUCCUGUUUCGGAUGAACUCCUAAUAGCCAGAGGAGAGCGACCACAGCUGCGCCAGGCCAACCGAUUCUCACCUUCCCUGCGUGACUUCCUGAGCUGCUGCCUGCAGACAGACAAAGAGCAGCGCUGGUCUGCCAAGAGGCUCUUGCAGCAUCCAUUUGUAACAUCAGCCAAGCCAGCGUCCACCCUGGCACCACUCAUCAACUCAGAGAAGAAGAAGAAGACAAAGAAGACAAGAAUCUAA